AUUUUUGAAUCAACAUCUCCUGACUGUCGGGCUGUUGGUCGGUGGACUUUAAAGAGAAGGUAAGCUUUUUGAUUUGUUAUCUGGCCGGAGGCGAUCAGAAUUGAUUCUCCUGGUAGAAGAUUUGCAGGGUCUCAUUCAAAAGUACAGUGUGCUUUUUCAAUGCGGUCUAGUGUGGACGAGAUUUUUAAGUACAGUGUUGAUGUUUACACCGUUCCAAAUAAUACGGACCCGAUAACUCAGUUGUGUGUUGUUCAUAUUUGCUCUCAGUAAAUUGCAUAGACAUAAACGACAACCGACCACCAAAUAGGGUAGACGACACUUGGGCCUGUGUUGGAAGCAAUAAAUUGAACUUGUGAAAAUUGAUCAAAGGCAUUCUUCUUGAUAAUUUACCGUUCAUUUGAAGGUUUUUUGCCAUGUUUUACUUGCCAUGCGAGGAUACUGGAGAAUACAUGUCUUUCUACAAAAAAAAAAAGAUUGGGAAAACGCGUUGAAAAACUUCUUGGACAUCGACUGCGACUUCCGCUUUUAUCAAGUAUUACUUUCUUUUUAUAACCUUAAUGCUCUCACCAGCUAAGUAGGAAAGCGAAAGGGUUUUACUUUUUCUGUCUUUACUUUCUACGUGGAGGUAAAAAGAUACCGAACGCCACUAAAGCGUCGGCGAAGAAUUGAAAGUAAAACUGGGGCAAAACCCUGUUGUUAAUCAUUCAUACUCCAGAUGUGACAGCAGAAGAUAGUUGAUACUUGAAAUAAAUUAUAAAAGCUUGUUUCUUAGUAGUUAAAAUAUCGACUAAAUUAUGUAACCUUCAAGCUUUCUGACCAUAGAAAAGCCCAAAAUACAAAUACUAUUAAAUACUGAAGCGACGACAAAGAUUGAAAGUGAAGGGGAAAAUCGUAAUUAUGUGGUAAGUAUUUUGCGAUUUUAUCAGUUCAAAAAGAUAACCGUUACAGAUGGCGUUACAUUUUCUGAGUAAAAGAUAUCGAGCCAACAUGUCUUUCCAGGAAUAAGGAGAUCUGUUGAUAAACCUAUACAGUGGAACCCGGUUAAUACGGACACCGAGGGGACAUGCCAUAGUGUCCGUAUUAUCCGGGUGUCCGUAUUAAGCGGGCUCUCAGAGAAAACUUCAGGAAAACAUGUUGUAUCGAUAUAACGACCAAUUAAAGCAGACGGAAAGAAACCUCACGAACAUUUGUAAGUAUUUUUAAGUAUUGUAGUAUUGUUAUUGAAACAGACACGACAGUGGAUUCAUUUGAAAAAGUCUGUGACUUAACUUUAAGAGCAAUGGCUGCAACAAAAAGCCAAGGAAGUGAAACGUGGGUAACAGGGGGCGGAAAAAGUUAUUAAAGGUCUAUACGUAGUACAAGAGUCAAACACCGGAGGAAAGACAGACUGUUCAAAAUCAAAUAUGUCACGCUACUUUGUUACUGUUUUUUUUUUAGUACUGUAAUAAAAUUUUAUUCACCGGUAAAAAUCUGUCAUUAUUUGAACAGGGUACAAUGUCUAGAAUUAUCACAUAAUUGUGACAAUGAAAAUAGACAGUGUGCAGAUAACCAGUGUCCGCAAAGCCCGGUUGACAAUAUAUGAGACUUUGUGACUCGGGACAUAGAAAAGUGUCCGUUGUCCGUAUUAACGGGUGUCCGUAUAAAGCGGGUUAAUUUAAGAGAAAAUUUAUGAGCUUUUUGUCGGGACAAACGAAACUGUCCGUAUAAAGCGGAUGUCCGUAGAGCGGGGUUCCACUGUACUGUAUCGAUUACGGCUGCGCUCUUACAACAAUGUACUGCUUUGUCUUUCUGUCUUUGCUUCUCUUAACAAUAAAGUAAGAAAAGGUUGAAUCUUUUCCACUUCUAUCUGUACGCCAAUAAUUUGUCUUGAUAAACCCGCGCAGAUUAGUGCAUCUUCGCGGGAAUGCCGGGAUAGCGUCAGCGUUGUAUAGCAUUAAACCUGUUUGUCAAGAAAUUCAAUAUUAGUUUCACAGAGGGGGGGGGGGGAUUUACAUCAGAGGGAUUUUUUUUUGUACCCUGUGGAUUUUCGUGCAUUCGAAUCAUAUCAAUAUCUGCUGACUGUCGCGCUCAUGGUUGGUGGUCUUUAAAGAGAAGGUACUAAGAUUCUUUUUGUUUGUGGAUUCUGAUUUGUGAUCUGGAGGCGAUCAGAAUUGAUUGUCCUGGUUGAAGAUUUGCAGGGUCUAUUUCGAAAUACGGUAUGCUUGUUCAAUGCAGUCUAGUGUGUCGCUUACGUUCCGCUUAUGAUCCAGUGAAAAACCUUAUUGUCGGUGUCGGAAGCAGAAGCGGAAGGAUAAAAUAAUCACAGUGCACGUUCCCACGCUUUGUGAUUGGUUAAGUUCGUCCGCUUCUGCUUUCGUCACACUGAUUUCUACGAUUAGGAGACGAAAUCAGUUACCCUUGGCAAUCUCCUAUCUUGGUAACAAACUCUUUCCUGACAGCCCAAAAAAAAUGCUUAUGCGGCUAUUUUCUCAAGGAGAAACCUUUCCACAACACAACAACGAGUUGCAAUCCGUUGUAAUCCUCAUGCCUACGCAAAUUAAGGUUUAUAAAUAACUCAGCACCAGUGGUAAACUGGAGAAGUAAUUUUAAUACAUUAAAUAAAACUGAACCAGAAUUUUUGGGUUUUCCUUUGCUUUAAAUACUUCAACUUCCCAAAGUAUUUGCGAUUUGCCUCCUUGUCUAAUCUGUUGGUAACAAAAACAUUAUUCGAUGCAUUUUUCUUUCUUUUCAUCGGUCGAGUGCAAACCACGUGACCUACAAAUAACUGCCCACAAACAAUAGUCUGCUCAUGCGUAAUACUAUCGAACUACUGUGUUUUGCUUUAAAGUUUUGCUGCAAAUAAUAUUCUGCUUGCGCAUAAAGGAAACCACGCUCUUGUGGGCAAAUUGAAGAUUGCCUCCCUGAGCUGUCAGAGAGUGAUUUUGCCUAAAAUAAUCAUGAAAAACAAACUUGACGUUGAUACGAAUGAUAAAACAAGUAUUGAACUCGGUUACAGCAAAAUAUUAUGACUUGUCAGUGUCUCGCAGAUCAAUUAUUUGCCUUCAGCGUCGGCAAAUAAUUGAUCUGCUCGCCACCGACAAAUCACGAUAUUUUUGCUCAACCUCGACUAAUAAUUGUCAAAUAUUUUUUUUCAAAAAGGGCAUCUGCGAGUAAAGCUUGUUUUCCUUCUUUUUUCUUUGUCCUCUAGUUUGCAAAAAUACAAAGACGCAUUGAAAAUGGGAAACCUUCCAGUUAUCCAUGAAGUGGGAACCAGUUUUGUAUCACUUGGUGAUGUCAUCACAGGGAACCCAAAGAGAGCAGAAGAAAGAUGGGAGACAUACCUCGAAGAAAGCGUACUUGGCUCUAUGGCUGCCGGUAUUGUAGAAGCAUGUGAUCCUGACAGUAAGCCGGGUGAAGCAAAAAAGUACUUUAAGGGUUUGGGGCGCGCAACUGGUAAGGCGGUGCUUGGGGGAGGGCUUCUGCGAGACGUUCCCUUUUUUAAUGAGCUUGCUGUAUGUGGAGAAGCCCUGGGAGAUGUGAUAGGUGGAGGAGACACCAAAUCCGCAGAAAAAAGAUUUGAGACAUAUCCAGAAAAUAGUCUAAUUGGUGGUGCGGUAGGAGCAAUUGUAGCAACAAAUGCUGGCGAUGAAGAGCACGCUGAAAAGUGUGCAGAAGGUUGUAGGAAGGCUGCAUUCAGGUUUGGUGUUACAGCUGCCGGGCUGGCGGUCACUGUAGCCACUGGGGGGCUAGCGGCUCCCUAUGGUGUCGCCGCUUCUGUUGCUACUGGGGCGGCAGUUGGUGGAACGACGGGAGCCGCCUCAACAGCGCUAGUGCAGGUUAUAGAUAAAGGGAAAGUAGAUGAUGCUGGUGCGGUUAUUGGCAAUGGUUUGUUUGGAGGUUUUGUCGGAGGAGUAAGCGAUGGGAUUGCUGCUAAGAGGGCUGCCUCAAAGGCCAAAGCGCAAGCCAACAGGCCCGCGAGACAAAGAGCAAACUCAGAAUCGUUAUCGACCUCCUCUGAAGCGGAGUUUUCCCCUCAGCGUCCAUCCACAACAAAACAACGAGACAGCUUCUCAUUUGAAGGGGGCAAAGCAAAACGACACAGCGAAAUUCCGGAUGUGUGGAGUCCAAAAGAUGCUGGCAAAAAAGCAGACAUCAAAGCUGCUAACGAAACCGCACGAGUCGACAUUCAAGAGUCAGUUAAAAAUUGCAGUCGAAGAACUCGUCCCGGCAAGACAUCCGUGAUUCAAGAUGCAGAAGGCAAUGCGUAUGGUACUUCAUCUGUGAGAGGACCUAAAAGCCAAGCUGAGCUGAGAGAUACUUUAGGAAGCAAGCAAAGUAGAGUCUUGGACUCCAUCCAUGAAGAAGUCCGUGGUGUCGGACAUGGCAAUUGCGCUGAGCAGGUUGCUGUGAAUAACACACGUUAUUUUCGGCAGAAAACCGGUGAAAAGCUGUUUGCAAAGAAAAGUGAAAUAAAAGUGCAGGCAUUUGCACCAGCCAAAGGCGUUAAAGGAGUAUACAAUGUUCCUGUAAAGCCUUGUGGCUCGUGCCAGCCGGUUCUUAAGGAGUUUGGCAUUUCACAUGGUGCCACACAAGCUCUACCCUUGAAAUGUGAUCGCAUGGCCCAAAUGAUUGCCUCUGGUUUGACUGUUGGCUGCAAAGCGUGCCAGCAUUGCCAGGAAAAGAAAGAGUGAUUCUCUUUGCAAAGCAAGUGGAGAGGGACUUAGGCGUGAUUAUAUCUUUUUCUGAUUCAGUGUUUUCCUUUUACUGUUGACUGUAGAAAGGCGUAAAAGCAACAAUUACGAAACAAAGCGAUCUUAAUGUCAAGAAACAAAACAGAAAUUUCUCGCGAUGAAGCAAUCUGAAAUGUACUCAGGUAGUGUGCAAGUACUCCAUUAGUCAUGGAUCAAUAGUGACUGAUUGAUUUUUUGACGAUAAUUUUUGCCACAAAUUAGAAUCAGUUGUUUUUUUAUAAUUAGAGCACUUUCACUAUAGCAGUGCGAGACUGAAUAUAGUUGAAAUAGCUGGUGUUCCACGUUGCCCUGAAAGCAUAUUACUUUGGUAGGAUUAGUCAGUCCAUUGCAAAUUUGAUAUUUGAUUAUAUUCGCGGAAUACUGAGACCGAGCUGUAGUAAAAAUUUUCCAUGAGUUUCGUAGGCGUAAAUUAACUUCAACUCCCUCUAUCGGUGUUACUUUUGCCUCGAUCAUUACCUUAGAAUCAAAAGCUUUCAGAGUUCACUGAAACUAAAAUAGGUCAUUUUUAGCAUUUCUAAGUUUCUUUUACCCGUGCUCAUGAAAAUAUGAAGCAUAAUCAGCAGUCGUACAUCGUACAUGCAUUGUUUGGCCGUACAGGGCGUAAUUUCACUGUUCUAAUAGACUUUAGACCAUUCCGUUUUGCUAAGUAUUUCAGCC